CGCGGUAUGUAAGCCCAGCCCAGCCAGACCGGCAUACCAACCAUACGUGCCUCCGGAUUUGCAGAUAGUAACGUGGAUCAGCUAGGUGAACUUACAAUAACUUAUAAGGCGCGUAGCUUUCAUCAGAAAUCAUGCCGAAGUGUCCAAAGUGUAACAAAGAGGUUUAUUUUGCUGAGAAGAAGACUUCACUUGGCAAGGACUGGCACAAUUUCUGCCUAAAAUGUGAGAAAUGUAACAAGACUUUGACACCAGGAUCUCAUGCCGAGCAUGAAGGAAAGCCAUACUGUAACCAACCAUGCUAUUCAGCCUUAUUUGGACCGGGAGGUUAUGGACGCGGAGGAGGAGAAAGUCACAAAUUUGACUAGGUCAACAUGAGCAUUACAGGGAAUGCAAGCGCCAACAUAAUAUUGACAUUCUCUAGAGCUAUUCUUCACAACAUACAAUACAAAUUGAAUACUCUCUAAAUUUUCGUAUAUUUUCGUUUAUCUCUUGUGAUCCAUGACAUAUGGCCAAAAAAUAUUGUUUAUAGAAAAUAUAGAUUGCAUUUAAUAACCACAUAAUGUUCACCGAAUGUAUGUGUAACUAUAUCACUAUAUAGUUAUGUAGUAAAACUUUUAAACACCCAUUUAAAGUAAUCUUUUAAGUCAAGGAAUGAUAAUGGGGAAAUAGUGAAUUAUAUUAAAAGCAUUUAGAUUAUAUUAGAACAAACGCAGUGAUCAUUAUAGGGGCAUUGUCAUGUGCAUCAUUGUCAUUAUUUGGUGUAAUCAAGUUUCGUUUUUUAUUUUAAGAAAAUUCCCAACAUUUCUUGGUUCUCAAUGUUAAGUAAAUGAGCAAGACUCUGUUCAAAUGUCAAACGUAAGUGGCUGAAUAAUAAUUUCACUUAUUUGCAAGUUA